AUGAAUGUACCAAAUUAAUUUUGUGAAUUUACUGAUACUUGUAAGAGUUUUGGAAAUACUCCUAAGAUUUGUAAAUAGGGAUUUAAUAAAUAUAGCUGUUAGAAUGUAACAGAACAAAUAUGUUAAUUCAGCAAUAACUAAUGUUCAAUCUUAACUACAUACGAUUCAAGAAAAGAAUGUUCUAAAUUAUAAAGUGAACAAAAUUGCAAAGCUUCUCCAUUUCAUUGUUUUUGGCAAGGAACUGUGUGCGUUUUUAAAGAUAUAAGUUGUUAUAAAAAAUAAACUGAAAAUACUGAUUGUUAUAAUUUUGAGUAUCCUUGUGGUUUAACUAGUUGUACUCCAACUAAACCACUUUCCUGUGUGUAGAUAUAUAAUAGACUAGCAUGUCUAGAUUCUGAUUUCUUUUGUUAUUGGGAUAAUACAUCAGGAUGCUAAAAUUAUUAUUCUACAUAAACAAGUAUCAAUUGUGAAACGAUCACUUUAUAAAUAAAUAGAAAAGUUUGUCAAUAUUAUGCUUCUAGCAGUUGUGAAUAUAGAGAUUAUGUUUGCACUUCAAAUUUAUCAGAUAUUUUUUAUGAACUUAAUCCUAAUUAUAAGGUUGAAGCAACUUUAGUACCCAUUUAAUUAGAUUGUUCUGAAAAUUUGACAGAGUUUGAUUGCGUCACAAUGACAUAAUUAAAGUGUUAUUGGAAUACAACUUGCAAAUCUAUUGAAGGAGAAACAGUCUCAUGUAGUUCAAAAUUAAACCUCUUAGCUUGUUAAGAGAAAGAUUGCUUAUGGAGAUAAAGAAAAUGCAUUUAUAAAUAGGACUAUAUUUUUUAGCCAAAACCAUUUCUAGAUUAGUAAGUAACCGAAUGUACAACUCAAUACAUAUCUAAAGUUACUUGUUUAAAUAUAUCUGAUAUAUCAUGCACCUAUGAUGAAACUAUAAAUUAGUGCAAGAAUGUUACAUUUGAAGAUGUUAAAACUUGUUCAGAUUAUCAAUUGAUUAAUAAAAAAACAUGUUAAAUGAUUCCUACUAAGUCAUGUAUUUAUGAUUCAGAUUCCUAAGCAUGUAAGGAUUUUAAUGGGACUAUUACUGAUCUUGAAACUUUAUCAAAAACAGCUUGUUUGUCUCUCAUCUAAGCAGCAUAUUGGGAUAAUGGAUGUCAUUUAACUGAUAAUUUUUUAUGUGAUUAAGUUUUUGAAGUCACAUAAGCAACUUGCCAACUUGUUAAAUCAUCUUGUAUUUAUAAUCAAGAAUUAAAAAAAUGUACAUCUGAAUUCAAUGUUAAUUCUUUAUUUUGUGAUUCACCAGGAUUAAGUAAACAGGCGUGUACAUCAAUUAUAAGAGAACCUUGUAUUUUUGUUGAAGGCUAAUGUAAAAUAUUACCUUCUAAUUAUACUUGUGAAUAGGCUAGAAAUGUGAAUGAAUUAGGAUGUGCAUCAUUAGAAGAUUCCUGUUCCUAUGAUAUUCUAAAUAAAAAAUGCAAGACAGUAACUAAUUCACAAGUAUGCUAAAUUCCUGGACUCUCAAAAUCUGCUUGUUUAUUAAAUUCAUCAUGUAUUUUUAAUUCAGAUUUUAUGAAAUGUUAAUGCAAUAUAGUUGCAACAUAAAGCAUUUGUGCAAAUAAGGAUUAAAUUAAAUGUGGUGAAUAAUAAUUAUGCAUGUUUGAUAAUAAAUAUAAUUCUUGCAGAAGAGUACGUUGUGAAGAUUUAGGUUAAAUUGAGUGUAAAAAUUCUAGACUAAAUAUGGUUUGCUUUUUAAAUAAUGGUGUUUGUCAAAGUGCAAGUAAAUGUGAAGAUAUUGUUAAUGUUGACCAUUCAAUAUGUAGUUCAAUUACAUUUGAAUCUGGAGAAAAAUGUAUUGGAAUUAAUUCUAGAUGUUUGAAUGAAAGAAACUAUGAACUUUAUUGUCAAUUAUCAGAUUGCUCAAGCAAAUUUUGUAAGAAAUCUAAUAUUUGUGAAGCAAUCAAAUGUUCUGAUUUGACUAAUUGUACUUUAUUAGGAAAUAAAUGUGUAAAGUCAGGGGAUCAAUGUGUAGAUAAUAUUAGUUGUUAAUUAUUAAGCUCAUCUUAAUGUAUUCAAAUUCAACUAUAUAAUACAUAAAAAUGUUUAAUUCAAUAAUAGAAUAUUUAUCAGGAUGAAUUGAUUUGUACAUCUUAAGUUUGUGCAUUAUAUGGAUCUUCUAAUCUUUGUAAUGGAAAUUAGUUCAAUAAUUUUACUUGCUUAUUGAAAGAUUCUUAAUGUUUACCAUGUGAAUUUAUUCAAGAUCCAUGUACAUGUUCCUAAGCAAAAAAUAUUUGUCAAUGGGGAAAAGAUAGUUGCAUAUCAAUAUCAUGUUCAUCCUUUUCUACGGCAGAAAGUUGUAAUGAAAUAACAAGAUGUUCAUGGAGUUCCUUUUACAAUAGUUGCUAAUUACAUUGCAAUUUAAUUAUUUCUUAAGAAGAUUGCAACAUUAGAUAAGAUGAAUGUUACUAUGAUUUAGCAAAUAAUGUUUGCCAAGUGGGAUCUUAUAACUCUCCUGAUUUAAGCGUUAAUAUUAAUAUAUCGACGAUAUAUGAAUUAAUAAUUGCAGUAGCUAAUUUGAUAUUGAUAUUAUAUUUUAUUUGA